GAACCGAUGUUUUGUUUUGUUUUUUACUGAGGAAGUCAUUUCAUAGAUACUGAAAGCAAGAACGGAAGAACAAAAAAAAAUAAAAGAGGACUGGAGACAUGGCGCAAAUGGUGAAUUUCGCAGGGUGGCGAACUGUUGAAGAAACUCUGUCGUCGGGGAAGAAGCCGAAAAAUAGCCGUGUUUAUCCUAUGUACCACGGCACACAUAUAAACAACGCCAAAGAUAUCAUCAUCAAUGGCUUCAAGGCCUCCAUAGAUGGACUUUUGGGCCAAGGAGUGUACGUGAGUCGCAACAUUGACAAGGCGAAAUGUUAUCCACUUAACACCGACAAGAGGGAAAGGGUCGUGUUCAAACUUAAAGUUAAUGUCGGUAAAGUGAAAAAAAUAGACUGUGACAAUCAUCCACUGCAAAAAUCAUGGCACCAGAAUGGCUACGACAGCGCAUGGAUUCCCCCUAAUAGUAACGUCUCAGCUAUCAAAAGCGGCCGCGAGGAAGACUGCGUAUGGGACCCGAUUCGGAUCACUGUGAUUGGCGUCGUAUGUUGUAUGGACAACGAUAAACGUUGGGAACUCCGACGGCUAAUACGCAACCAGCUGCGCACCGGGGAAUGCAGCUUGUGUGGUCAAAACACGCCUGAUAGGCCACACCAUAUCCAAGACUGCUGGGAAUGCAGUGAGAGAAUUUGUUUGUUUCAAAGAGAGCAUCGAUGUGUCUCUAAAUGAAAGGCAAUGUUAUCUUUACAUUGCAAAUUCCUAAUCUAUGGGAUGAUAUUAGCAUAUUUGCUCAUUAUGUUGUUUAAACCUAUUUUAUGUAGUAAGGCAUAAUCUACCCUAUAUCUACCAGAUUUUAGAAAAAAAUCUGGUUUUAUUUAUAGAUGUGAUUUUUAAAAAUAAAACCUAAACAACUGCAGUAUUAAUCUUACCAUGAUUAAUAAAGUUCUCUUGAGACUCCUGCCUUUUGAGCUUUUAACUUUUAAGAUUUGUCUGCUGCUGACAGGACAAUUAACGGGUCUCCAUUGUAAACCACAAUAAACUGGGAAACUGUUAACUAAA